AUGGACUGUUAUCUUCUCUACACCGUGCUUCUCCUCCUUCUUGGAUCAGCUUCUCUCUCUAACGCAAGACCACGCGCUACUCGACAUCUCAAUUUCAUGCGAUUCGUGACGAACGCAACCGACUUCCCCUCAGAGGAAUACUACGACUACAUAAUCGUCGGCGGAGGCACGGCGGGAUGUCCACUCGCCGCCACGCUCUCCCAAUCCUCCCGCGUCCUCCUCCUCGAACGCGGCGGCGUCCCUUACGCAAUCCCCAACCUGAUGACACACGACGGUUUCUUGACGACGCUCACAGACGUCAACAGCUUCGACUCCCCGGCUCAGUCCUUCGUCUCCGAGGAAGGCGUCCCCAACGCGAGGGGACGCGUCCUCGGAGGAAGCAGCGCGAUCAACGCGGGGUUCUACAGCAGAGCUGACAGAGAGUUUUUUAAGAAUUCAGGUGUUGAUUGGGAUUUGAAGAGUGUGAAUCAGUCUUAUGAGUGGGUGGAGAGAGCUAUUGUGUUUAGACCUCAGCUUAUGACGUGGCAGUCUGCUAUUAGAGACGCGUUGAUUGAGGUUGGUGUGCAUCCUUUUAACGGAUUCACGUUGGAGCAUAGAGUUGGGACUAAGAUCGGUGGGACCACUUUUGAUCGUUCAGGGAGGAGACACAGCUCUGUUGAUCUUCUUAGAUACGCGAGGAAUGUUAAUAUUAGAGUAGCGGUUUACGCUACUGUGGAGAGAGUCUUGCUUAGUGAUGAUGAUGAUUCAGGGACCAAUGUCUCUGCUAUUGGAGUUGUGUAUCGUGAUGAGCUUGGGAGGUACCAUCACGCGAUGAUACGGGAGAGAGGAGAGGUGAUAUUAUCAGCUGGUUCGCUUGGUAGUCCACAGUUGAUGCUUCUUAGUGGGAUUGGUCCGAGGAGUUAUCUUUCGACUUGGGGGAUCCCUGUGGCUGUUGACCAGCCUGAUGUGGGAGGGUUUGUGUAUGAUAACCCGAGGAAUGGGAUCUCUAUUGUACCUCCUGUUCCGAUGGAGAAUUCGUUGAUACAAGUUGUUGGUGUUACUGAGGACGGUGCUUUUCUUGAAGCUGCUUCUAAUGUGAUUCCGUUUGCGUCUCCUUUACAUUCUGUUUUUAUCAGAGCUCCAGCUUCUCCCUUGUAUGUUCCUGUGACAACUAUAAUGGAGAAGAUUCUAGGUCCAGUGUCUGUUGGUUCGUUAAGGUUGGCUUCAACGGAUGUGAGGGUUAACCCGGUUGUUAGGUUUAAUUACUUUAGUGAUCCACAGGAUUUGGAGAGAUGUGUGAAUGGGACUAGGAAGAUUGGUGAGAUACUCAGGAGCCGUGCUAUGGAGGACUUUAUGGUUAGGGAAUGGUAUGGGAGUCAUAGGUUUAGGUUCGUUGGAGUUCCGUUACCGUUGGACCAAACGAAUGAUCUGGUGAUGGCUGACUUUUGUAGACGGACUGUGAGUACGAUCUGGCAUUACCAUGGUGGCUGCGUUGUGGGGAAAGUAGUGAGCUCUGAUCUCAAAGUUAUUGGUGUUGAUUCUCUUAGAAUUGUGGAUGGAUCAACGUUCAGUAUCUCUCCAGGGACUAAUCCACAAGCUACCUUGAUGAUGCUUGGAAGCCUAUACAAGAGUCAUGUUGAUUUGAACAGCGGGAGCGACAUGUAA